AGAGGAGGAAAGGGGGAGGUUGAGAUGCUCGUUUCAACACCGCGGACAGCUCCCGAUAAAAGCAGCCAGCAGCACGGGUCGGUCCUCUCUGCUGCUUUGGAGACGAAAAAAAGAGGGGAAGAAACUGAAAAAAGAAACCUAAACUGAGAUUUUAGCACCUCCGGAGGACAGCAAAUAUUUCCCAAGGAGGGAGGUUAGUUUGGAAUCAGCCCGGACCAGGCGACAUGUCUGUGGUGACAAGCUCCAGACAAAAAUCAUUCGAGGACUGUGUGCAAUCUCUGCGAAGUUUAUCACCCCUGAAAGACAUUUCUUCGCCUCUUUCAGUGCGUCUCCACAGCUUCUGAAGAUCUUUUAGGGAAGUUAAAGAGAAAACAAAUAUCGUGUUGGACUAAAAAAAAAAGUUUUUCUUUUUUUUCCGAAUUUGUGUGGAGAAGGAUUUAUGUUUGUUGGAUUAUUGAGGCACAAAAAAAGCAGGCUUCUGUUUUCACUCAGGCUUGUUUCUGCGUCCACCACUUCCCCGCGUAAUGCUCUUUUUUCCCGAGAGCGAUGGGAGUCCUGCAGUCACUAAUGUGAGCCUUUGAUGCGCCCGGAUACGUCUUCUCUUCCCUCUACACUGAUAUUUUUUCUUUCCAAGUUACCCAUCUCUGGCUUUUUUUUCCCUUUUAGCUUCACAUCUACAGAGGAACACACCGGACUGCCAUCCCACCCUCCUCAUUUUCCACAUCUGCUACAGACUGGUAGGUGGCCAUGGAUGAAUGAAAAAUGAUUAUUCAGAUUGCCGUGAGAUGAAGUUGGAGGCCCUGUGUCAGAACAAUACAGGACACAGCUCGGGCAACUUUUGAUUCUUUUUUUUUUUUUUUGGUAAGACUUCGAUCGAGGUGUGUUUGUAGCUGUUCAUGACGGAAACGAUGGCGCUGAGUGGAAACUGUAGGACUAACCCCAAAGAGCAGGCUUCAGUUCAGAACAGUUUCCCAGAUGUUGUUGAAUUAAACGUAGGGGGGCAGGUGUAUUACACGCGUCACUCAACUUUGGUGAGUACCCCGAAUUCUCUACUUGGCAAGCUGUUCGCCAGAAAAGACGCAUCCAAUGACUUGGCCAGAGACCCCAAAGGUCGUUAUUUCAUCGACAGAGAUGGCUUUUUAUUCCGGUAUGUGUUGGACUACCUGCGUGACAAGCAAGUUGUCCUUCCGGAUCACUUCCCGGAGAAAGGAAGGCUCAGGAAAGAGGCGGAGUACUUCCAGCUGCCCGACUUAGUGAAGCUCCUGACCCCCGAGGACAUCAAGCACAGCCCGGAUGAUUACUUCCACAGCGAUUACGAAGACGGCUCCCAGGGCAGCGACCACCGGCAGUGCCCGCCACCCUCUUUGGUCCCCGCGGAUAGAAAGAGCGGCUUCAUCACGGUGGGGUACCGGGGGUCGUGCACCAUGGGCCGAGAGAGCCAGAGCGACGCCAAGUUCAGGAGGGUACCUCGGAUACUAAUAUGCGGCAGGGUGGCUCUUGCCAAAGAAGUGUUCCAGGAGACUCUGAAUGAGAGCCGGGACCCGGACAGGACCCCGGACCGGUACACCUCCCGGUUUUACCUGAAGUUCAAGCACCUGGAGAGGGCGUUUGACAUGCUGUCGGAGUGUGGUUUCCAAAUGGUGGCCUGCAACUCAUCAGUGACUGCCUCGUUUGUCAACCAGCACACGGAGGACAAGAUCUGGUCCAGCUACACAGAAUACGUUUUCUACCGUGGUCCAUCACGUUGGUCCUCCCCUCCAUGUGACUGCUGCUGCAAGAACCAUAAAGGGGAUGGCGAAGGCGAGAGCGGCACCUCCUUCAACGACCUCUCCACCUCCAGUUCUGAGAGCCAGUCGGAGGCCAGCUCUCCCCAGGGAACAGUCAUCUGCGGCCCAGUCAGCCGCCAGUCCCACCCCCACGCCAACGUCCAAACCCUGGACAGGCCGCUGAAAAAGGGCCCCGUCGCCAUGCUCCAGCAGUCCGAACAACGGCGAAAGAGUGACUUGCUGCGCACUCUAACGGCCAGCUCCCGUGACACCAGCACCUGCAAGAAAAGGCCCGCGAAGGAGAAGCUAACUGUGGAGGAGGAGCUGGAAAAGUGCAUUCAAGACUUCCGCAAGAUCAAGAUCCCCGAGAGGUUCCCUGAGAGGAAGUACAUGUGGCAGGCCGACCUGCUGAGAAAGUAUCGCCUCUGAAGCAGGAAAUAGGACAGAGGGAGCAAACACGAGGCCAAGGAUCAGUUUGUUUUUAGAUCAAAACUUUUGCAACAAAAGAGAGCUAACACUAAACUCGUUCAAAUCAAGUUUCUGGGAGAAACCUCACCUUCAUGCCAGUAGGUUGAAAGUCUACACAGAAGCUAGAAAGAAUCCUAAACAACAGACUGUUCUCUUAUUGACGUAUGUAGUAUGUAUGCGUGUGUAUGUAGUUUAGGCCUACUGUAUGUACUGUAGGUAUGUGCUGUAGCUUGCUGAAUGCUUCGGAGCUUUGAAUAAUUUAUCCCAGAGGACCAAUACAGAUGGGCUAAAGACAAUGUCUACGUACUGAUCACCCGCCCGAGGGCUUGCUGAUGUAUACGUUUGAGGUUACUGAUGGCUACUUGACUGCACACACUGUAAUUUUGCCAUCAACUCACUCACAAACCAUCAUGGGGAGCCACAGUUUUAGUCCAAAAAAGACAAACACUGAUUUAGUAUGUGGAUGUGUGUGUUCAUGUGUGUGUGUUUGCACCCAGGUGGCCUAGAGGUCACAGAUAAAUCUGCAUCGGGAUCCAUUAAUAAUUCAUGCUGUUCCAACAGUGCUCUCGCUAUAAAUACACCCGGAGAUCUCUGCUGCCAGGGUGGCGUAAACAGCUGGGUUCAUUACUUUACUUUUAGGCAACAUUUGGGGACUUCUGAGGCAGGAGGAGGUACAAUUUCAUCAGCGCCUCAAUUCAUUUCCCUCUUCAAAUAUCAGUUGUGUUGCAAAUGUACCCCAAGUGAAUCAAACUGCCCUGCACUGCAUUAAUUUUUUUGCCACAUUCGCCAGAUGUAAAGCAAUACCCAGGUUACCGUGUGAAGGAUGAGUGGAAAGAGAGAAGCAUUUGAUCUGAGAUUCAGUGGAGUUCAGUAAGUAAGGUUAAUAAAUAAGGUUUAAGACAUAUUUACAGAGCACACACUUAUCCAUUUACUCAAAACCAUAAGCAUUUAGUCCUACUGGCAUUUCUAAAAUGAACAGAACACUUACAAACAUUCACAUACAGACACACAGAGCCAUCAAUCAUGAGGUCAUAUAAGCCUUGCCAAUAUGACACCUAAAAUAAAUACACACAGAAUGAGGCCGGAUUGUUGCAUUUGCUAACCCUGUCAGCACAGACAGAUGCUUUCUACGCUCAUUUUUGACAAGUUAAUCAAUAGUAAUUGAUAAUAGGGUACGGCAAUGGUGCUGAUAGAUGUGGUUCUUGUUUACAGUUAGUAAUGAAGCUCUUGAGUUCCUGACAAAGACAAGCUGCCCAUGUAGUCAGUGAAAAUUACCUAUUAUUCAUGUGUUCAUUUGUGUGCUUCUGGCUCUGUCAAAGUCAAAGCAAUGUAUUGCAACAGAAACAAAGAUGGCAGACAGCUAUAUAUUAAGAGCGUAACUCAAGAACCCAAUUUAAUUUCCCCAUUAGGUUGAAUGUUAUUUAUUUAAGGAGCUUGCUAGCUAAUAUGUUACUGCCAGCAUCGUUUACAACAUCGUUUAUUUCAGGGUGAAAAUUCAAUUAUUGACCACAAUAGCGAAAGCACACAAACAUUCACUGAUGUUGCAUUCAUUAUAUGUUCCUUUUUAGAUUCAUGAUGCCACUUAUCUGGUCAUUGCAAGAUUAGUUAAUUGCAUAUUUACUGUAAGUUUAAAAGUAGUCAUUGAUAUGAGAAGAAAAGGAAUCAUUAGACAUCUGUGUACUAUUUUAUUGUGAGGUCUUAAACUUAAUAUAUGAAGUGCCCUGAGAUGACUUACAGUGCCUUUAAAAAAUAUUCAUCACCCCUUUAAAAGAAGUUUUCCCUCUUCAUUGGCUCUCAGCUUUGAAUCAUGACCAAUUUAAUUUUUACUUUUAUGACAAGAAAUUACGAAAAACGACUUCUUUAUGUCAAAGUGAAAAUCAGUCUCUACAAAGUAUUGUCAGUUAAUUCAAAUUUUUAAUGUAAAAUAAGUGACUGCAUUGGUAUUCACCCAUAAAGUGACCAUGAGAAGGUUAUUGAAAAUGGGGGAGGUACCCAAGCAAAUUUCCAAAUCACUGACUAUCCCUUGGGGUGCAGUUAAACCUGUCAUUAAGAAAUGAAAGGAAUGUGGAACAUGCAGAAAUCUGCCUAGAUCGGGAUGUCCCUAAAAACUGGGUGACCAUACAAGAAAGAGGCUAGUAAAGGAGGCCACCAAGACACCUAUGAUUCCUCUGAAGAAGUUAUAGCCUUCAGUAGCUGAGAUGGGAGAAACUGUGCAUCCAGCAACUGUUGCCUGUUCUUCAACAGGCAAACCUUUUUUGAGAGAGAUGCAGAGAAAGCAAAUGUUGAAAAAGCACAUCAUUAAUCUAGACUGUAGUUCACCAGAAGGCAUGUCAGAAACUCUAAAGUCAACCAGAAGAAAGUUCUUUGGUCUGAUGAAACCAAAAUGGAGUAUUUUAGACAUGAGAUAUGUUUGACAAACAUAUAUAUAAAAAAAAACAAAAAACUGCACGUAUUCACAAACACACUGUGAAGCAUGAUGGUGGCAGCAUCAUAAUGUAGAGAUGUUUCUUGGCAGAAGAUCUAGCGGGAGAGUCAAGGUAGAGUACAACCUUAUUUCAGCAUAGAAUAGGUGAGUCCUGCAGAACAACUUGAUGCAGUCUGCAAGAGAACUGCAACUUCAGGGAAGAUAAGUUUUCCAGCAAUACAAUGGAAAAUUGAAGCAUACAGCCAAAGCUGCACAGAAAUGGAAGAAAGACAACAAGGUGAAUAUUGUGGAGUGGCUGAGUCAGAGCCCAGACUUUGUGACUGAACUUAAGUAUGGCUCAUAUUCCCUGAGCAGCCUGACAGAGCUUUCAAGUAGGCUGCAGCAGAUGCACUGUCCAGAUGUGCCAGGCUGAUUGAGACCUAUCCACACCUGCUUAAUCUUGUAAUUGCGGUAAAAGAUGCAAUUACCAAAUAGUGGCUGGAAGAGGGGAAUGCUUAUGUAAUUAAUGUCAAAAAAGCCUAAAUAAGUUGGCCAUGAUUCAGUGUUAACAACCAAUAAAAGUGGAAAAUUUUUAUUGCUUUUAAGGAGGGUGAAUACUUUUUAUUGGCACCUUAUCUUUGAUUUGGCUAGAUAUAGAUAAAAAACAAUUUGAAAUUAAAAGAGAGGACAUAUAGACAAACAUAUUUUAACAACAAAAAAACAAGUUCUUAAAAUCUUGUAUUGGUACACGGAAGCCAAUUUUUUUUAUGUUUGUUUUUCGUAAACCAAAUCUUCUGUUAGGGUCACCUAAAAGAUAUGUCCUCAGAAGUACUGGAUAAGGAGGCUUCCAGUUAUGAGACAAAUUUGAUCUGAAAUUUCUUUAGGAGAAAGUAAGUGAUGAGAUUGUUAAUACAUGUGUAUGUUAAUCACAGCCUCAGGUAAAAAUCCCGUUUGAUAGACAGCUGUGAUGAAAGAUGUAGUUUGUGCUGUGAAGUAAUAAAUAUUUAUGACUUAUUUAUAUUGCUGAAGGUUUAGAAUGACUUUCUUUGACAGUAGAAGAGUAAUUAAAACAGAGGAGACAGCAGAAAGCAUUUUCACAGUGAGACUUGGCUGGACUUACAUUUAUUUGCUAUUAAAGGAUAUGGGAGCGCAGAAGAGUGCAAUUUAUAAACAAUCAGCUUUUUGCAAAGCAAAAUUAUAAGCACACAAAUACGUAGAUAAUAUGCAUAAUAUAAACAUAUUUAAAGAUCAGUUUAUUUAAAAAAAUAUCCCUGAUAUGUUAAUAAAAAGCAGAAUUGAAAAAUGUUUUAUUAUAGUUAUUUUUCUACCUGAAGGCCUAUAAUUAAAUAUAAUUUUAAAAAGCCCUUAUGUUGCCCAUAAAAUGUAUUUCAGGUGAGAGAAAUCCAUAGGCAGUAAGAGAUUGCUUGUCAUAGUCAGUGGUGACCAUAUGUUUGCUAUGGGAAAAAAAUGGUUGCAGUAGGUGCUAGAUACAAACCAACCAUUCUCCUCAUGUCAAUACAAUGAAUAUACUUAUUUUUCUACAUUGCUGGAAUAUUACAUUUUCAUUUUAAAGUCAUUUAUCUUAUCAGUUGAAGUUGAAGUACUUUAAUUCAGACCACAUAUCAUGUGUAAAUAAGCGCCAUAAAUCAUACCUAACCAGAAUAUUGUAUUAUACUCUCUGUAUAUAACAUGCAAAUCCAUGAGGCGUUGCUGCUACUCGGUUUUUAGUGAUACAGUAGACUGACGCUAAUGUAAUACAGCCAUUCUUGUUUUAUCAUUUAGCGUCGGGCCAUCAGGGAUGAAGGAAAAUAUAAUACACACCUAUGACAUAUUACAUGUUUACAACCAUAACAAAUGAUAUGCCAUAUGUUGUUUUUAGAGACAACAGCGUCAUAAAAGGACCGACAGCACAUUUGUCUCACAGUGCCGCAGAGGCAGCCACUGGUGACUAAGACGUUUCAGCAAUGCCGAUUUGCAACCGAUCUUAAAAUGUAUGUUGGAAACUGAAAACAAUAUAGAAAAAUAGCCUGUUAAAAACUCAAAAGAUGUGAAUUGUUUAACUGUAAUUGUGGAGCUUUUGUUACCAUACAAUGCAGUGUUGGGACGGUCAUAUGUUUUUGUUGUGUUGGCUCUGUACUCUAGGACAUCAGAUUUACAAUGAAACAGUGCCUGUGGGUUUAAAGUAGAGGCUUUCAGCUUUUAACAGUGUUUGAGGGCGUUCACAUCCAUUUUAGCCGAAUGACAUACUUACUCUUAUAGGACAAUGGAUCAGGACAACGAUGCUAAACAUGUAGGACGAGGUAACAAAGGAGGUUUGUUGUGUGUUUUUACGUUCUUGACUGAAAAGUAGGCAAUGAUUUGAUUGUGCUGGAUCUACAGGAAGAAAGUAAUUUCCAAGAUGCAUUUCUGACACUGUUCUUGUCAAUUAGAUGUAAACACCCUCAAAUUAAAGCUGAGCAUCAUAAGUUCAACCUCACCGAUCACACAUAAUUGGCUCAGUACAAAGCCAACUCACAGAAAAUGUGACUGCAUUAUAUAUAUGAAUCUCUGUGCAGGUGGAUUACAUUUCCAAUUAGUUUGCUUGAUCUGAACCAAAGGUAAAAUACAUCUACACAAGACUACAGUUUGCCUCUGGUUGAUUUUUGCUUUUGAAUUUCUGAGCAAGAGCAUGCUGACUUGAGACUGAAUCGAGAUGUUCCUCCUUUAACCCUUAAAUGGUGUGUUUACAGUUGCUGGUACAAUUAUUAUCUGACUAAAACACAGGUGCAAACAUGAUUCUUGUGAAAGGUCUAUGACUGUCUGGCAAGAAUUAUUGCAUAGCUUUUAGAAUUUUAUUUUAUUUCCGACAUCUGCAGUAGCUCGUCUUGUGCUGUUCGUAUUCAGCCCGAGGAAGUACGUUGAUAUUGGGGAUUGUGUUUGCUUGACUCUGCCUGCCGUGUUUAAGAUAUACGGGGUUUGUUUAUUUUCAGAUGAUUCAACAACAAGGUCGAUCAGUCACAGAAAUCUAUCCGAGAGCCUUUUCAAACACAGAUUUGUCAUAAGCUGUGAUUAGAAAUGCUUCUGAACAGACACAGAGGGAAGAUAAAUACCAAGACACCUGGUGGCCUUCUAGAGUAGACUACAGCUGUUUUUUGCACAAUGUAUAAAGUUAAUAAAGAGACACAAAUGAGAAAGUAUUUGAAAAACAGGUAAAUAUGUAAAUCACCUUAGAUGCACAACACGACUAGAAAUAAUGCGUCUGUCAUGACUCAAACAUUUUGUUGUAUUGUGGAUCGAACAGACCAGUUUUCACCUUAAGAGCACAUUGGACAAUAUUCAGUUCUUUGGGCCUGAAAUGAACAACAGACGAUGUAAAUCUUAUUGAUAAAGUGUGAGUGAAAUUUUGUUUUCAAAGUCAAAUGUCAUGUAUGCAAAAGGAAGAGAGAUUGAUGUUGAAUUUGCAGAUAUAUGUUAUUUGAAAGUGCCCCUGCUGCAGUCUGUGAUUUUCUUUUCCUGAAGUUCUAGUCAUGCCCUGCAAGUGAAGCUCGUGCACAUAAUUGCAGGUCUUGUUAUUUUCCUCCUGUCUUUGAGGAGCCUGCUAACCACACAAGAAAUAUUCGGAAAACCACCACAGCAGACCUAGCACAUGGGCUAUUGCUUGAAACAAUAGGGCGUCUGUUUUGAUGUAUGUUGUUCUGAGACACACACACAGAAAAAAAAAAAAAUUAAAAAGAAAAAAAAAGAAAAAAUGGUUCAGAAACAUUGUGAGCAUGUUGGUAUACAAACCUUAUAACAGAUUUAACUUAGUCUGUUCUUGUGAAAAAGAUUAUUUGACAGAAAAAAAAGAAAAGUUGAAAAAAAAAGAAACAACAAAAAAAGAUAAGCACAAAUGUGUUGAUAGUGUCUGCUGUUCCUCCACAGGUGUUUAACAUUAUCAAAUAAAAAGUCAACUCUGCUGUGCGACUGAGCUCCUGCAAAACAGAGCAAUUCUCAUCAGGAGCACAUAGCUCAUGGUAUAUACUUGUUUCACCACAAAUCGCCGAGGAAAUAUCAAACGCCAUGUUGUAGGCUGUGGAAUUAUGAAAACCUGUCUGUCAUAGUUUCUCCAAUCUUUGAAUUAUACAUAGAUUUGCGUGUCAUCAAAAUGAAUGUGAAUUUUCACGCAGACAUCGGUGGUGAGAGUUGCUCUGUAUUCUAGGUGUCACGUCCUGUUGCUAUGUCUGCCUUUAGAGACAGUACAAUUCAUCGGAGAGUCUUUAGAUACAAAGCAUAUAGUCAUUUUGAAGAUGUAUGAGUACAACAAAUAAACAAGACAUUCUGUA